UGCAUUUGGGGAAGACAAUACGGAGUAGUCGAUGGGGUCUCUAUAUAUACACGCGGGAUGGGGUGGAGAAGAAGCAAGUGAAUUAUUGGCGGCCAUGGCAUUCUUAUGGUGGUCAGUGAUUUCUUCUUCCAGCUGCAGCCUGCUGCUUGUGCUGCUGCUGCUUCUUGUGGUCUCCGGCACCGAGAGCGUGAGCGUCAACGACCGGCCGGCUGACUGCCAGGCCAGGUGCGGCGAUGUCGGCAUUCAGUACCCGUUCGGCAUAGGCCCCGAGUGCUCGCGCAGCAAGGGCUUCGAGAUCGCCUGCCUUAACAGCAGCGGCGUGCCCACCCUCGCCGGCACCAACUACUCUCCUCCCAUCCAAGUGAAGAACCUGUCGGUGGCUCCCACCCCGGUGGUGCAGGUGAUGCUGCCGGUGGCCUACAGGUGCUACAACUCCAGUGGCGGAACCACCGACUUGUUCCGUGGGCAGAUAGAAUUGAACAAGGACGGCGUGUACCGCAUCUCCGACAAGCAAAACAUGCUGGUCGUCCUCGGCUGCAACACCUUGGCCUACAACAGCAACGGCGACACCCAAGGCAAAGGCCCCUACAGCGGCCUCUACUACACCGGCUGCGUCUCCUACUGCAACGACUCGCAGAUCGCGCAGGACGGCAUGUGUUCCGGCGUCGGCUGCUGCCACGUCGACAUCUCGCCGGGGCUCACCGACAACGUCGUCACCUUCAACUCCUGGGACCGCAGCUUCCAGGUGGACUUCAGCCCCUGCGACUACUCCUUCCUGGUCGACAAGAAGGAGUAUCAGUUCCGGAGGUCGGACCUCGACAAGGACCUCAACCGGACGAUGCCGGUGUGGCUGGACUGGGCCAUCCGCGAUGGCGACAACGUCUGCCCUCCGCCGGACGUGUUGAAGAAGAAGAAGCCGGCCGGGUACGCGUGCGUGAGUGAGAAGAGCCAGUGCGUGAACUCCACCAACGGGCCCGGGUACUACUGCAGCUGCCUCCCGGGCUACCACGGGAACCCCUACGAAUACGAUGAUGAAAACCACGGCAAAGGAUGCCUCGAUAUAAACGAGUGCGAUCCGUCCAACAAGUAUCCCUGCUACGGUGUUUGCGAGAACAUCAUGGGAGAUUACAAGUGCACGUGCCGUACAGGUUAUCAGCCCAGUGGAGAUGGUCCAAAGAAGCACGAGUGCAGCCCCAACUUCCCUGUUGCAGCACGACUUGCCCUAGGCAUCACUUUGGGAUUUUCCUUCCUGAUUGUUGUUGUUCUUGUCACGCUAAUGAUGCUUCAAAAGAAAAAAAUGAAUGAAUAUUUCAAAAAGAAUGGUGGUUCAGUGCUACAGAAAGUUGAAAAUAUUGUGAUUUUCUCCAAACAUGAGAUAAAAGAAAUCCUAAAGAACAAUUCUGAAGUUCUUGGUGAAGGAGGAUAUGGUAAGGUUUACAAAGGCAGACUUAAAGACAAUACCCCUGUGGCUGUGAAGACUUCAAUUGAGGUAAAUGAAGAUCGAAGGGAAGAUUUCACAAAUGAAGUUAUCAUACAAUCGCAAAUGAUACACAAUAACAUUAUCAAGCUAUUGGGUUGCUGCUUGGAGCUGGAUGUUCCAAUGUUAGUGUAUGAGUUUGCUGCUAAUGGUAGUCUAAAAGAUAUUCUCCAUGGUGAUGCCAAUCGCCUAGUCCCUCUCACACUAGAUCUACGCCUAGACAUUGCAAUUGGAUCUGCAGAAGGCCUAAGAUACAUGCACUCAUCCUUAAGUAAUACAAUACGACAUGGCGAUGUCAAGCCAGCAAACAUACUUCUAACAGACAAGUUCAUCGCCAAGAUCUCAGACUUUGGGACAUCCAAGCUCCUUACUGUAGACAAAGAAUUCACUGGGGUAGUUGCAGGAAGCAUGGGCUACAUAGACCCAGUGUUCUAUUCGACUGGUCACUUAACACAAAAGGGUGAUGUGUAUAGUUUUGGAGUUGUUCUGCUAGAGCUCAUUAGUAGAAGGCCAACAAUAUACGGUAAGAAUUGCAGCCUCAUCAUUGAUUUCCAAAAGGCAUAUGACCAAACAAAUAGUGGGAGGUCAUUGUUCGAUAAGGACAUUGCAACAAUGAAAGAAGAUGUCUUGAUCUUGGAAGAGAUAGGUAGGUUGGCAAUGGAAUGUAUGAAAGGAAAGAUCGAAGAACGACCUGAUAUGAAAGAGGUAGUGGAGCGCCUUGUGAUACUACAAAGAUCUAUGAGGCUAAGACUGGAAAACUUUCACGUGAGUCCUCAACUAUACUUGGAGAAAAACAACAUCGAGGAACUCCAUAAGAGCUUUGGUGAUAGCACAACCAGCAGUGCAGCUAGCCCUUAUGAUGCCUUCCAAUCUAGUAGCAAAGAAUCUCUUAUAACCUGUACAGAGUAUAGCUACAUCUGGUCAUAGGAUCUAAUUUUCGUAUAUAUAUGUGUGUGACCCACAUUUAUGGAUGAAUGCAGUUAUAUUUGAA